AGACAUUCUUCUUGGGCCAACAUUGAGCCCAUGAAACUGAUCAGGUGCCGCUCGGCUAUCCCAAACCCUAGCUUCCCAUACAUAUAUAAGGCUCACCAAUGCCCUAGGGGUUCCUCCAGAGCUUCCAGUCGGCAUCGGAGCAGUCUCCUCUGCAGCUUGAAAGUGAAGAUAAUCUUCUCUGAGCACUAAAAUGUCUACCGGAGAGGUCGCCUGCACUUACGCUUCCUUGAUCCUCCACGAUGAUGGGAUCCCAAUCACCGCGGAGAAGAUCGCUUCAUUGGUGAAAGCAGCUAACGUCAAUGUCGAGUCUUACUGGCCGAGCCUCUUCGCCAAGCUUGCCGAGAAGAGGAACGUCGAUGAUCUAGUCAUGAACGUCGGCUCCGGUGGUGGUGCUGCCCCCGUCGCCGCCGCCGCCCCCGCUGCUGGUGGCGCUGCUGCAGCCGCCACUCCAGCUGCCGAGGAGAAGAAGGAGGAGCCCAAGGAAGAGAGCGAUGACGACAUGGGCUUCAGCUUAUUCGAUUAGAGGAGCUUUUCAGUUGAAUUUUUCUGUUCAAGUUAGGAUUUCUCGAAAUUUUGUUAUCUCUACUGGGAUUGAGCUUUUAUCAGAGCAGUGGUUGGAUCUUGUUCCUGACAUUAGUUCAAAGCACGAUGAUUGAGUUCUCUUUUUCGAUCUA